UAGAGUAUGUCACGGUCAUAUGAUGACACUGUCUCAAUGAGUGAGUAAUUGUUGAGCGUUACUAUGCUAUUUAAAUUAUUGAGGGAGCUGCGGUUGCGUCGCCCCGUUACCAGGAGACCCGCUUACUGUGUCUCUUCACUCACAGCAGGCAAACAACACUUCUGAAAGUUUCAUCCGUCUCGAUACCAGCAAACAUGGCCACCCUGAGCUCGAAGCCAAGCUUGCGUUACAGUGUGUCUGAUUGGGCAACUGGCAAUACACAGAUCUCCAAUGUUGCUGAGCACAAGCGCAAUAUUUCACACGAGAUACGGCAGGCAGGAAGAGAUCUGCGUAAUGAGACGGCCAAUAAGACGAACUGGGAAGAGUAUGACAGCAGCCGGCGACUGAGUGACAGAAUCAAUGACGUCUUACGCUGGAAGGAGAAUCUGAAAGCCUGUGCACAGGAAGUGGAUACAGAAAUGGACGCACUAACCCUGUCCAAGGAGGAGACAGAACGAGCCCUUGCUGCCACUGUUCUGCCCCUUGAAGUCACUGCGGAGUGCUUGACCCUGAGGGAAGGUCGUCGUGGCAAGGAGCUGGUCAGUGACCCUGUAGAAGCUGAACUUAAGAGGGAAGUAGAGGUGAUCGAUGGAGCACAACGCUCCCUUCAGCAGUGCAUCGAUCAGGCCUUUGAACAGCUGUGUCGUCUACAGGAAGCACGGCAACAGCUGACCAUUGACCUUCAGGAUAAAAUAGAGGCGCUUGAUGUGGACAUGUCAUGCUUGUCUCUCACUAUACGGUCACCUGAGAUCUCCCUGAAGCCCAACCCGACAAGGGUGCCCCCUGGUUCCACAACUCCUCAGCAGUGGGAGCAGUUCAGCCGAUACAAUAUUACUCGAGCCAAAGAAGAGAUGCAGGCCUCUGUGCAGAUAAGAGACAAUAACAGCAUCACAAGAGCACAGGUGCGGAAUGAGCUGGAAGCGCAACGAAUGGCCGUAGAGUUUGCUCUCCGUAAGCGGACUCACCACCAAGAACAAGCCCAUCAUGAAAUGCAAUGGCAGUUGAAAACUACUCAGGAUGAGAUUGCUGAGCUGGAGAAGGACAUUAGUGGCCUGGAGGAGGACAUGCAUGCCAAGAUGGCUCCUCUAAAGCUGGUCCACACCCGUCUGGAGAACAGGACAAAGAGGCCCGGCAUGGACCUGUGCCGAGAUGAGGUACAGUUUGGUUUGGUGGAUGAAGCCAAGCAACUGGAAGCCACCAUUCUAGCACUGAAACAGAAGCUAGCACAGGCCCAGCACACUAUGCAGGCUCUGAAGCAGCAUGAAGCUCAAAUGAUAGAGGAUCUGUCUCGUAAGCAGGAUGCCCUGUCUCUGGAGCAGCGCACCAGCCAGACCCGCCAGCACCUGACUCUGAGGGUCCAGACUGAGGGUCUACGUUCAGCUGUGGUGCCGCUCACCAACUCUAGUGGCAGAUCCAAGCUGGACCUCGCUUGAGUCGCCGUCCUGGUUCUUACCCCAUACUUAAGGUGCAUUUACUGUUGCUCAGUGAAAGUUCACUGGCGAAAUCCAAAUAUCCCAAUUAUAUCCCAAUUAUCCCUAAUUACCCCAAUAGGAAUUUGCGUUUCAUUUGAGCUGUGCUUUUUACAUCUCUACGCAAUUGACAAUUGAUUUGGAACACAUCCGGAACACAUCCGGGUAUUUGAACUGGACUGUGAACUUUGAAUUGGAACAGUACUUGGGCAGUGACUGAUGACGUUUCCCAAGUCCACAAGAACACAAAUGCAGACAAGAACGCAUAUUGAGAAACGGCCAUCGUCUUCAAGAUUACUAGAAACUUCGAGACUGGUGUUUUAGAGCUGGUUGGAGCAACACUACUGGACAGUGGCCCUCCAGGAGUAGAGUUUGACACAUGUGGUCUAAAUUUAAAAGAGUCAUAUCAUGGGAUAUCAAAUUUUAAUCUAUAUUUUGAAAUAAGAGUCAAAAUUCCUCAUCAGCCCAAUGGCUUGUUCGGAACUUCUGCAACUUUUUUGACGUCACACAGAUGAACAUAUUGACACAGGAUCAUAUACAUUUAUAAGUCAGUGAUAGCAGUUUGAUAUUAGCAACUUCUGCCCAGUCCUGGCGAGGUAAUAAAGAGGAAGUUGGGUAGAUAUUACAUGUUUGGCAGACAGUUUAAUCCAAAGCGGCUUACAGUGUGUUGAAAGGAUACAUUUUAAUUCAGUACUUGCAUUCCUGGGCAUCAAACUCAAGACUUUUGAGUUCCUAGUACCAAUUUUGUUACAGCCAGAGCUGCAAAAAAUGGCUAGAUUAAUUGGCAAGAGAGAGGGUGGAAACUAGUCAGGGACAACUAAAUAAGGUGAAUCAAUACAAUGAAUAAUUAUUUGAUAACCUAACGAUUACAUUUAAAAAAAUGUAUUGCAUAAAUAAAUGUGGUAUGACUUUUUUAAAUUGUAUUUUUUUUUUUUGCUUCAUUCCAGUAUUUUACAAAUUUCUAUUUCCUCUUCCCAUGUCUACCAAUCUUAAGACAACUUUUUUUGCUGAUGUGGAAAUGAGUUUUGAGUGUAGUAUUUCAAAUAUUCAUUUGAUUUUAUGAUUAAGAGUGGAGCAACCUCAAAUAAAUACACACUAACUUGCAAACCACAUGUGAAUCAUUUUGUUGUAUUGUUAAAUGGUCCUUUUGGCUUCAUAGUUCUUUCCAACAAUCCAUCUGUCAACAGAUUUUUUAUUUUAUGUGAGGGAAGAGAAGCUAAUGUCAUAUGAAAGGCUCUAUUUAGAUUGGACUUUGACUCUCAGUGAUGAAUGAGAUAAAAGAAUGGGUGACACAAAAAUCUACGCAAAUCCAUUGGUGAGGGUUUAUCAAUUCUGUUGAAGUUAAUAGCUACACUAAUGUCUCUAAAUGGGACCAUUUGAGUCUAUGUGAAAAUAACAGGGAGGAAGAUAUUUCCCUAUACGAGUUUAAAUGCAAGGCAAAUAAUACAGAGCUUAAAUCAUGGUUGAUCACAUUUUGUUAAAGUGUAUUUAUUGCUAAUAUAUAAUAGUAAACCUAAAAUUGAGGUUGUACAUUGUUAUUGAAACUUUUCUUUAGUUCUCAUGUUUUUUGUUCUCAUGCUCAGUGUGUAAAAGUUAUCUGAACUAAAUAAAGUUGA